UCUUGUUACCCAUAUGAGACUCUCUCUUCGUGAGGGCACGAUACAACUCUACAACUUCUGGAGCACGACGCACGGACCUUUUUCCAAGUGUUGUUUUUGAUGGAAGUGGUGGAGGCGGAGGCGGCUUUAUUGCUGUAGAUUGUUCUUUGACCAUUGGCUUCAGGCGAGCCACUUCUUGACGCAGCUCGUGAUUUUCUUUCUCCAGCUUAUCGUUCUUCAUUAGAGAAGCUUGAAGCUCCUUCACCAGACGCAUAAGAUCCGAAUCAUCCUCCCCAUUUGACUAAGUUAAAAGAUCCUCUGGCCCGCAAAUAAGUUAGAGCCAUGGAUCGAUCCCAGCAAAACACACACGCGAAACUCAUGACACGUGACAUCCACCGCCUGACACCAUCACCGACAGAAGCCAACUGUUUCUCCCUGGGGGCUAUCUCGUGGGUCUCACGCGUAGAGACAGUGGGCACGAUCGUCUCUCGCGACAUGGCCGAGAAGUUCCUCAAGUUCAGCGUUGACGAUGGCACUGGCUGCGUCACGUGCAUCAUGUGGCUCAACCAACUCACUUCUCCUUACUUCCACCGGUUCGACUCAUCGACGAUUCUUCUGCACUCAAGGGUCGCUCGUAGACAAGCAAGAGACAUCAGAAUCGGAGCCGUAGCUCGCGUUCGUGGCCGCGUCGGCUUGUACAGAGGAGGUAUGCAGAUCACCGCGACUAAUGUGGUAAUCGAGAGAGACCCUAACGCUGAGAUCUUGCACUGGUUGGAGUGUGUUAGGCUUAGUCGAAGCUGUUAUCGAAUUCAAAGUUAAUUAUGUAAAAUGAUUUCAACUGUAACUCGUGGUUUAAGUCUUAUCAUUCAUCUGAGAA